AUGGACGCCGCGCUACCAAGCCACUGUCUGAAGCUACGAAUCUAUCACAGCCUGGCACCGAUUUCGAAGCAGUCCUAUGCCCAUCUGAGGGGCUACCAAGUGGUUGGCCUACUGAUAAGGAUAUGCUCUGUGGAAGGUGUGAAGGAUCCAAGCGAUGGCAGCGAUCCCAAGCGUCACAUUCGAUUAGCUGACAGUAGCAUAGCUCGAGACCUUGAACAUGGACACCGUCCGACAUGA